AUGACAGCUUCCACAAACCAGAAUAUAAUUGUAAGCGACGAUGAAAAAUUGCAAAAUGAAAAGAGGCGUGCUAUCUAUAUCCGUCCCUUCUUGCUUUUCUACGUCAAUUCGUUAAUAGCAGAGGUGGUAUUCCUUUUGGUCGCUAUUUUUAUCAUGUCCGGAACUGAUGAUAUUAUUAACAAAGUUUUAUGGACCCUUGUUUUUUGCCCGCUAGGAAUGGGAGGAGCGAUGGGAGGUAUAGUCAAUGUUUUUAUUGUUGACAAAUACUAUGGUUCAAAGGCAAUUUACUUAACGACGGUUAUCAGCGUUCUUGUCCUUGGCGGGUGCAAUAUUCUCUGCUACAAUCUAGAUCUUGUUUUUCAUUUCUUUGGGGCAUCUGACCAUCCUCUUUGGUUUCAUUGGCGUUACCCAAUGAUUGCUUUUGUUGGCUACAGCAGCGGUAAGCUUUUGUUUACAGAUGAGGGUCAAAAGCAGUUGGCAUCUUUCGGUGUCUAA